AUGUUUCAAUUGGAGGAACGCUUUCACUUCAGGAUGGAGGUGGCUGUCGCUACUGGUGCCACGCUUGUCAUCAAGGACGACUGUGUAUCAAACACCCUUCGUCGAACCUCAUCUUUUUCCAACGCCCUGAAAUUCCUGGCGAAUGGCAUCGCUUUCCCAUCAUCGGACGACGGACGAACGCCACCUACUAAUUCCACUCACGUUCAUCUCCAGCCCGAAGUUGCGGCCAUCUCGCGUCCCCCUCCACCCACUCUCAAUGUAGCACAAUAUUCGUUGCCUUACUCUCAUCCGCUAAUCCAUAAAGAGGUCACUAUGAUCACUACUAUUAAAUUAUCAAUGCCGCCACCAAGGAAUUUGGUAAAACCUACUUUGUACUAUGUUUAG